AUGUCCAAUUCUCUCCAGAGUUUCCGGCCAGUUUGGAAUCACAGCGCUGCCUCGUCUCGAGGUCUACCGAAGUCUCCAACCGAGUCUACGACACCUCACUACUACGACUACUCUGAGUCAUUUCUCGAGGAGGAUUGUUUCUCUCCUCCCGACGACACUGCUGCCGCCAAUUUGCCCUUCAAUAUGGACCAGACAAUCCUAGACAACCUCCCCGCACCAGAACGACGUCAAGCUCAAUCACCUUUCGGCACAGUCCCGGGCUCAGCCUUUCAUCCAUUGGAGCUGCCGACAGCGCAUAAUCGCCGAGUGAGCGAGCAGUCAAAACAGUCCAAGUAUAGCUUCGCUGGCAUGAUUCCACCCCGGAAGUCAAGCCUUGGGGCCACCACCGCACCACCGAUGAGGUCUCUUUCUGCAAAUAAAAAGGUGAUUGAGAGACUUCCUCCUUCCGAGCAGGACCAUCUCGAUCGACGAUCGAAAGACGAAAAAGAUAAUUCUCAGACGUCGACCACCUCACGUCGAACGUGUGGCUCAAGUCACUCGAGUGCAUUCUUUCCAAAUACAAGUCGAAGCCCGCGUGAUCUUACAACUCUUGCUGCCCGAGUCCAUUCGCCUGUAUUUGACCACAAGCCUUCCAUAUCUAGGUUGAUGGAAUAUGGAGAUCCGCAUUGUGACGAAAACUACCAACCAGCAUUCCGUGGCGUUCAACGGGCUCACUCUCAGUGGGAAUUACCUUCGUUUAAUUUUAGACCACUGUCCUUCGGUUCUUAUUCGUCUGGGUUAAAGGAACGACCAAAGACAUCCGGCGACAUUCGUUCGAAAGAUCACCCCGAGAUCUUGUCGCCAAUGCCCGAGCGGCCAAUGUCAUCGCAGAGUAGGAAGCGAUUCAGUCGCAUCCUGGAAAUUUCUGAUAGUUAUGUGCCUGACCAGGGAAAACCGGCUCAUUUUAUUCAGACCUUCUCUCGGCUGGAUGCCGUUGAAGAGCAUCCAGACUUGCAGUUCCUCGAAAGAGUUCUGUCCCCACAAUUGCAAGAUGGGUCGAAGUUAGGAGCUGUCGAGGAGCAGAGCCAGUGGGAGAAAAUGGCUUCUGAGCAAGCACUCCCCAGCACUAACGCAGAUGGCAGUCAGAUUACCAUGCAUGAAAGGUCCACCAUCGAGUCCCUUCUCGAUAGACAUAUUGAAUGUCUAGGACUGAAUGACGACGGGACCGACUGCGAAGAUGCACCACAUCUCCAAACACACAGUCCCCCUGAGCAUUCAGAGGCGGCAGUGAAUAGUAGCGUGGAGAGCACCGUCCGAGCAACGUCCAGUAUGCCGCGGUUUUUGUCUUCAUGCAACUUGAGACCGACGACCUCGAGCUCAACUAUUCGACACUCCAGCCUCGCCAGUUCCGAAAGGCGUCGACUCAUUCCCCGCCGUCUGUUUGCCAGUAUGGAUGCCAGACUUUCUCCUGGAGCCAUUCUAGAAGAUCGGGUCGGUUCUAGGUUAGUUUUGUCUUCUGUGAGCUCCGGAUUUCGGGAUCAUUCAUCUGGGUGGCAGACACUCCAGUCAACCAGCGGACUCUUGACCUCAGAGUCGACCAAGUCUACCCGAUCCAACGCAAAGUUUUCACUGACUUCUGGAGACAUGGCCGACAUUGACUCGGACCCACCACAGACGAAAUUCAAGGUCCGAAGAUUGUCGGAGCUGAGUCUCAGCCCAGAGGUAACUGGCGAAUUGCCGACUCAAGGAGCGCUACAUACUCAUCGCAGGUCAAAAAGCGACACGCUCGCAAGACAAGCAUCGCAUCAAAGACGGCGAGCACGAAUUCUGAUGAAGAGCCGGAGGAAAUCCCAGAGUCUUGGGCAAUUGGGAGUCCUCGAACAAACGGGACAGUUGCUGGAGGUCGUUGGGCGAGAUGAAGAAUGGGUAACUGAUGAUUCGCCCGAAAAGAUGAGCGAGACCUCGCCAGUCGCUGGCUACGCCGAAUUGAGUGCAGAUUCAGUGGCAGUACUGCCUCCAACGACGGUCUCUGCAGGUAGUAUUCUUGUGCCGACGCCUAUGCCUCGGAGAUGGACCAGUAUGCUGGCGGCGAUGCCGGACCCUGUCAAGAAAGGCAUUGAAAUUGUUCGAAAAGCAUCAGUCAGGACUGUCCAUUCGCACCGAAGCAAUACUAGCGUCAUCGAGCCUUUGAACAGUACACGGUACAGUUCUCAGAUUCCCCGCUUGGGAUCGGUGCCCCAGCUAGCACCUCCUGAAUUAGGGCCGCCGCUCACUUCUUCAGAACUGAAUCUCAGCCUUCGGUUCCCGGACCAACCUCAGGCGCUGUAUAGGCCGCCUCUCCGAGAAGUCCAAAGCUUCUUUUCUGACGACAGCUCGGCUGCGAUGGCGCAGAAACAGCCUUCUACCAUCAGAAAGAAAUUUGACCUGCACAGCCUUCGCAGUGGAUUCACAAAGUCCACAGGACUGCUAGGAACACGACAUAGCUCUACCCAACAGGAAACCGGUACAAUGAGACUCAGCCAGUCGUGCCAUAUAAAAACACAGCAUUCGUUCGAGUAUCCACAUCCAGAUUUGGGAGAUACGGUUCCAAUGUCCGAUUUUGCGUACAAGAAGCGGAAAGUGCUCAGCCGAGUCAAGGAUUGGUGGAAGAGACAGUGCAUGCAGAAGACCUUUGCUCUCGUGAGGAACCGAAGUGGCAGGAAUAUGCAACAUGGAGCUUUUGCAUAG